AUGGAUAAAAAGGUUGUUGUGGAGUUAGUGGACUGCUUAAAAAAGAAAAAUAUACGGACCGAAUUAAUUGACGAACUUGGCGAGAUACGUGGACACGAUUGCGCGCGAUCUGGGGAAGGGACGGCACUGCCUGCGGAUACCACCAAUCCGGAGGCGGCCAUCCUUUCCAAUGUUGAAAGUGACGGCUGCUCAAGUGCAGCUGAGACGCCCCGUAAGGGGAAAGGGAAGGUUGGGUCGAUCUUGGACCCAAGGCCACUGGUGCUUAGCGGCAAGGACCAGGGGCUAAAGGAACAGGCACCUCCCAGACCAUAUUGGGCCAUGGCUGGAAUUGGACUGGAAGAGGGGACGACGGUACUCAUCUCGGAAACAGAAUCUGACUGUUCCGGGAUGGACACAGCCAUCUCCUACUCCGACGGAGGUUCGACCGCUGGUGAGUUGCGGCGGAAGAAACGGAGAGCUCCGGAGGCGGGCAGCAGUGGCGAGUCAGGUGCUGGCUCAGCCAUUGUUGCGCUCACUCCAGUCCGCGCAGCUAAGCGCGGUAGAGGAAGGCCGCCCACUACUGGGCACUACGUUGGACUGGCCAAAGCAAAGGAGGCCUUGGUCAGUGCCCAACGCGCGGAGUUAGAACUCCAGGACGAGACGGAGGUCCUGGCAUCUACCAGGGAGCUUGCGGCGGUGCCUGCAGACUGCCUAGAGAAACGGGUGGAGAGCGGCGUCAAGGUUAUCCUUGACGUUGCUCGUAAAUCCAAAAAUCUCAAGGGCACGUUUGUCAACGCCCUUAAGAAAGCAGCCGCGCAGAUAGAACACGCUGUCGCGGCGCUAGCGGAGAGAACCUCUGAUGAGGAAGUGCGGGUGCUGCGUUCCGAGAACGUGGAACUCAGGAGGAGGGUGGAGAGCCUCGGCGAGGAGAUGGUCAAGCUCCGCGAGGACCUUGCACAUCUCUCCGCGGAGCGCACCCGCUCCAAAGCCCCCGCAUCCCAGUCGGAGGAAAGGAGUGAGGCGGACCAGCGGUCAGACAUGCUGAAUGAUAUCGAUCGAAUGAUCGACAUCAAGCUGGCCAGGCUGGAAAACCGCCUACUCCCACCGUCGGCAUUCCGUCCGCCACUGCAGGCGGAUUUGAACAGACCUGCCCCGCAGGCAAAGGGAGUUAAGCCACAAGCUACCAAGGUAGCCCCAACUGCCAAAGCGCCGGCUGCCAAGGCCGCCAAAAAGGCUGCCCCGGCUGUUGGCCCUCCCACCGCAACGCCCACACGUGGCAAAGCGACCCCCUUGCAGGGAUCGCAACCACCUGCGGAGACCUGGAGCGAGGUGGUGCGGAGAGGCAAAAAGGGGAAGAAGGGACGUAAAGCCGAAGCUGCUUCCGCAGCCCAGACUGCGCCUAGCAAGCCUCCGGCGAGCCAUGUAGGUACUACAAGGCCGCACGGAAAGGCAAAGCCGAACAAGGCGAGAGGAAGCAGAGAGGCUAAGGCUCUUCUGCGUCCAUCUAGGUCGGCGGCGGUCACAUUAACCUUGCGUCCUGAGGCGAACGACGAGGGUCUGACCUAUGCCCAGGUUCUCACCAAGGCGAGGUUGGGAGUGGACCUGAAGCAGCUGGGCAUUGACGGUCUCCGCUUCAGAAUGGCUGCCACCGGGGCUCGCAUUCUCGAAAUCCCCGGAAAGGAGAGCGGGGACAAGGCCGAACUCCUUGCAGCCAAGCUGAAAGAGGUCCUUCCAGAGACCGUUAAGGUAGCUCGCCCGGUGAGAUGCACAGACGUGGUCAUCUCCGGGCUUGAUGACUCUGCAACACCAGAGAGCAUCAGGGCAGCAGUUGCCGAGACUGGGAAAUGCUCUGCUGAGCACGUCAAGGUCGGCCCUAUCCGGGUCGGGGUAUUUGGCGUGGGCAGUACGCUGGUGGAGUGCCCUGUCGAGGCAGCCAAGGUGUUGGUGGAGAACGGGCGACUCUUAGUCGGCUGGAGUUCAGCCCGAGUGCGGACACUGGGGCCUAGGCCAAUGAAGUGCUUCAAGUGCUUCGAGAUUGGGCAUACUGGGCUCCAGUGUAAAUCGCAGGUGGACCGAAGCCGGAACUGCUUCCGGUGCGGGCAGGAAGGGCACAUGUCAUCGACAUGUACCGGCGACCUCCACUGCCCCAUUUGCAAGGCUGCAGGGAAACCUGCAAACCAUGCAACUGGGGGUCGGAAGUGCGCACGGCCGAAGAAAGGCAAAAAAGGGACUGCCUGGACCCCAGUCUCUAGCCAAGCACCGAGGCAGCCGCCGCAGGAGGCGAUGGUGACCGGUCACUAA